ACGGAAUGCGUUGUGUUUUCCAUGGCCGGUGAAAGGCAGCGCGAAGUAAAUGAGAGCAGUAACUGAUAGCUCGAGCAGCCAGCAUGGCAGUUCUAUAGCGGACAAACAUGUAACGUUACUUCCCCCAUUUGUUAUCCGAACUCUUGCUUUGCGUUAUGGUAAGCUACAUAAACAAUGUUAUAUGGAAACGUUUCAAUUAUUUAGUAUGUGUUUUAAUAUUGUUUUACUUGAGUUUCUCAACUCCACAAUAUAUACUAUACUAGAGCCUUGUGCUAAGAAGUUGUUUUGGCGUCUUGUCUUCCAUGUGGCAUUAGCUAUCGAGCUAACUGUAGCAAACUUCUUUUGUGACCGAGCAGUAGCCAACAAGAUACAAUUGACCGUCCAAUGUUUUUAUUCCGAUUUGAGCAUGCAUUAAACACAUUUACAGGCGUAUAUAUCAAUUGCAACAAUGUGUAGCGACGGUGGAAGUAGCUUCGCUACUUUCCUAACAGUUUUAAGGGUCAUAUCAAAUGGCAAGUUUUCGCAUGCAGUCAUUCGAUGAACACGUAUCGUUGUCGUUUCUUGAAUGUGUUAUGUUUACUCCCCGUUUCAUUCGACGUUAGAUUGCCAUGAGUCAUGACACGAGUCUGCCUGCAAGUUAAACCAUUUGUCAGACACCACAUCGAUAACUGCCUGAACUUAUUUCAUGUAUUAAAUGAGGUCAUGCCAUCUGUGUAAUUUGCAGCAUGGAGAUUUUUAAAGUCAUCUGAAAUAGUAUUUUAAACCUUAGUCCUUGAUUUGUUAAUGCAAGAACGAUUUUUCAUUAGAGGAGAAAAUGUAGGUCAAUUAUGUGGGGCGACAGUAGCAGGGGGUGUUACCAUGUUUGACUCUGUAGCCCAUUUGCGGUGUUGUCGGUCUAUCAAACGGCGAUAGUCGCUUUGAUAACUUCUUUUUUUGUGUGAAAAUGAUGAGUGAAUUAUUUCUCUGUUAUUGAUUCCUAAUUGAGUGAGAUUUCCCGUGACACGUGGUCCAGGGGAUAUCGAAGAGCUGAUCAAGCGAAAGAUUGGUCGCUAACCUUUAAUUUCUUCCGCUCAACCUCCUCUAAUGUCCCAUGAGUUGGCCUGCACUCAAUGCAAUAUAUAUCUGGAUGGACUUUGAGUCAAAUCUCCAAUCACUCACAUGCAGAUUGUCCCACGUUGCAAUUUUGUCAGUUGAAAUGGAGCGUGGUCUUUGACAAUGCAUUAUGGGACAGCUACACAGCUCACCGAUGAUGGAAGAAGUCACCACAGAAACUCUGAAGAAGACCCUCGUCAUAUAUUGGAACAUAUCUGCACAUCCCUGGACAUUCAAUGGGUUUAGUGUCAAAUUGCCUUUGGAGUAGCUACAGACCUCCCUGGUUUAAUGGGUCCAAUCAUCGGGAUGUCGCCGGAUAAGAAAGCGGAAACGCCAGGGAUGCAGGGGGAAAGGGUGGGACUUAGGGGUUUGUGCGGGGGGGCGGGGACUCUCCCAGAGGCAGAGUGUGGUGCAGCCAGCCCAUUGGCCACCAGUCUGGACUGGGGUUCCAUUGGUUCCGGGGGCUCUGAGGAUGAGGAGCUCACCAACCUCAACUGGCUCCAUGAGAACCUGCUCCAGAACUUUACGCUAGGGGGCGGCGAGGCCGGGGCCCAACACAGUGCCAGCCCCCUCUUUGACAUUGAGGGCAACACCGGAGCCCCUCAGAACCCCUCCUCUUCCUCCUUGUCACAGAGGGACUCGUUGAAGUCCAAGCCUCCCUUCUCAUUCUCUCUGUUGAUCUACAUGGCCAUAGAGCAGAGCCCCAGUAAGAGCCUGCCAGUGAAGGACAUCUAUGGUUGGAUCGUACAGCACUUCCCAUACUUCUCUUCGGCCCCCACCGGCUGGAAGAACAGCGUCAGACACAACCUGUCACUCAACAAGUGUUUCCGUAAGGUGGAGAGGAGCCUGGGAAAGCUGAAUGGUAAGGGUUCUCUGUGGUGUGUGGACCCAGAGUACAGGCCCAACCUGAUCCAGGCACUCAAGAAGCAGCACUUCCCUGCAGCACAUGCCUUCUGCACACCGCCUGCCUCCCCACUGCCUGCCUCCUCACCGCCUGCCACCUCACCCCAUAGACAUCUCUUCGUGCAGGGCUGCUCUCUCAAAGAGUCUGACAUAGAUGCUGCCACUGCCAUGAUGCUCUUAAACGCCGCCCCUGGCCAUCACCAUGCCAAUCCAUGUGAUCCAGAGAGUCCCUUGGACCUGUCCCGGCCAGACUUGGUCCUGGUGAGCAGCGAUCCUAACCAGGACCACAACUACAGCAGUAUGGCCCUGCAGCGCUGCUCCUCCCGCUCCUCCUCCUCCUCCCUCGACGAUGGAGGCCCCUCCCCUGGCCAUGCCCACCACAGGCCCCGUACAUGCCGCGCUGGCAGUGAGGGUUUCCAUAGUGACGAGGACGACUCCGACCUCGGGGACCGGGACGAGAGAGGCGGCCGCCCCCGGCCUGCUCCUCGCCGCUCCUCCUCCUCUUCGGUGAAGCACCCGGCGGGUAAGAGGGCCCGUAGGGAGCUGACAGCCAACCCAGAGCUGGAUGAGGAGCUGAAGGAGGCGGCCGGGUCUCUGCUCCACCUGGCUGGGAUCCGUACCUCCAUGGACCUUAACAAACGGAGUGCCAAGAGCAAAAAACUGAACAGGAAAUGAGGUUGUCAUACUUUCCUGCCCUUGCCCUCAGACUCCUGCCCCUGUAACCCCUGACCCCUGAUCUGAUCAUGUGUCCUGAUUGGUCUUAGUUGUGCCACCUUUUCUGGUUGCUGAUUUGAAGCCUGUUUUUGGUUUGACACAUGAUUAGGAUAUCCCUCACUAUCCAACACAUCAAAUGGCAAUAGUAUCAUUGACACAGGAGAACAAAGCCAUAUUGAGACUUUUGACCCACCUGUGUCAGGUGGGUGGGUCAGGGUAAAACGGGGGUGUUUGAGGACUACUGAGAAGAACCAUCACAAAACUGCUUGUUGUUUCUGAUGGCUUCGCUGCAGAUCCUUACCACUCAAAUAAUGUUUUGAGGGAUAAGAUGGGAAAAGCUGAAACUUUUUAACUCAAAGCAAGCGUUGCAUGCUUCCUCAACUUGUAUCCUCUUCCAAGUGAACCUAUUUCUAAGAGAACGAGUGCAUGUCUCUAACAAACUAACCUCUCCUCAUGUUGAAGUCAGUUUCUCCAUGCUGAAGAUACCACUGUUUUGAUAGGUGACAUCCUUGGUCUGGAAAACCUUCCAAAGAGAGAUGCAAUAACUUAAACCACUUUUUGUAUUUGUCCUGGGUUGAUGGUACUGCUGUUUAAAAACAACAGAUGAAAGUAGUACGGCUGAUCGUAAACAUCCUUCCACGGAGUGGAACGCUGGACUGGGUCCAUGUCAGGGUUUAAUAGCAGGGAAUGGAAACGUAACCGAGGGACUGUUGGAACUCUGCUGCCAUGGUGGGCAGGGAAAUCAAAUAAAGGUGUCUGACUGCUAGAUCAGGAAGAGUCCUCUAAUCCUACUCUGAGAGAAACAUCAUGACUUCUAGAUCAGGAAGAGUCCACUCUAGUCCUACUCUGAGAGAAACAUCAUGACUUCUAGAUCAGGAAGAGUCCACUCCAGUCCUACUCUGAGAGAAACAUCAUGACUUCUAGAUCAGGAAGAGUCCACUCCAGUCCUACUCUGAGAGAAACAUCAUGACUUCUAGAUCAGGAAGAGUCCACUCCAGUCCUACUCUGAGAGAAACAUCAUGACUUCUAGAUCAGGAAGAGUCCACUCUAGUCCUACUCUGAGAGAAACAUCAUGACUUCUAGAUCAGGAAGAGUCCACUCCAGUCCUACUCUGAGAGAAACAUCAUGACUUCUAGAUCAGGAAGAGUCCACUCUAGUCCUACUCAGAGAAACAUCAUGACUUCUAGAUCAGGAAGAGUCCACUCCAGUCCUACUCUGAGAGAAACAUCAUGACUUCUAGAUCAGGAAGAGUCCACUCCAGUCCUACUCUGAGAGAAACAUCAUGACUUCUAGAUCAGGAAGAGUCCACUCUAGUCCUACUCUGAGAGAAACAUCAUGACUUCUAGAUCAGGAAGAGUCCACUCUAGUCCUACUCUGAGAGAAACAUCAUGACUUCUAGAUCAGGAAGAGUCCACUCUAGUCCUACUCAGAGAAACAUCAUGACUUCUAGAUCAGGAAGAGUCCACUCCAGUCCUACUCUGAGAGAAACAUCAUGACUUCUAGAUCAGGAAGAGUCCACUCUAGUCCUACUCAGAGAAACAUCAUGACUGCUAGAUCAGGAAGAGUCCACUCCAGUCCUACUCUGAGAGAAACAUCAUGACUUCUAGAUCAGGAAGAGUCCACUCUAGUCCUACUCUGAGAGAAACAUCAUGCCUUCUAGAUCAGGAAGAGUCCUCUAAUCCUACUCUGAGAGAAACAUCAUGACUUCUAGAUCAGGAAGAGUCCACUCCAGUCCUACUCUGAGAGAAACAUCAUGACUUCUAGAUCAGGAAGAGUCCACUCUAGUCCUACUCUGAGAGAAACAUCAUGACUUCUAGAUCAGGAAGAGUCCACUCCAGUCCUACUCUGAGAGAAACAUCAUGACUGCUAGAUCAGGAAGAGUCCACUCUAGUCCUACUCUGAGAGAAACAUCAUGACUUCUAGAUCAGGAAGAGUCCUCUAAUCCUACUCUGAGAGAAACAUCAUGACUUCUAGAUCAGGAAGAGUCCUCUCUAGUCCUACUCUGAGAGAAACAUCAUGACUGCUAGAUCAGGAAGAGUCCACUCUAGUCCUACUCUGAGAGAAACAUCAUGACUGCUAGAUCAGGAAGAGUCCACUCUAGUCCUACUCUGAGAGAAACAUCAUGACUGCUAGAUCAGGAAGAGUCCACUCUAGUCCUACUCUGAGAGAAACAUCAUGUCUUCUAGAUCAGGAAGAGUCCACUCUAGUCCUACUCUGAGAGAAACAUCAUGUCUUCUAGAUCAGGAAGAGUCCACUCUAGUCCUACUCUGAGAGAAACAUCAUGUCUUCUAGAUCAGGAAGAGUCCACUCUAGUCCUACUCUGAGAGAAACAGAAUUACAUCUAGAUCAGGAAGAGUCCUCUAAUCCUACUGAGAGAAACAGAAUUGCAUCUUCAUUUCAUUAGAACCUACUCCUCUUCAUCGCUCUUCCUCUGCUGACCCCUCUAAUUCUGUCAUACAUUGUGUUUAGUGUGUAAACUGAGAAAUUACAUUUAAUAUAUUCUAUCUUGUCUUGUCCUAUUAUGUCUUGUUCUAUCCUAUCUUAUCCUAUGCAAGGUGUAGUGUAGACUAAUCUGGCUGAAACUAAGCAAAUGUUGUAACCAUAGUGAUACCAAGACAAUGCGCUUGGCAUGAGGGCACUCACUGGCAGAUGUGCUGCUCAGUUUUCAAUCAUGUAAUACUAGUCACACCUACUCGAACGUUAGUAUUCAGGCCAAAGGGAAGUUAAAACAAAAAUGUUAUGUUGUUGUGAGGUUAGAUGGACAAUGUUGUGAGACUUAUUGUACUACUGCCCCUCCUGAAUGGUGUUGGCUGACCCUGUGGCAGAGUUUAGACUGUGGUGACAGAAAGAGGCUUUGCUUCGUCUCGUUCCCCAUUAAGGAAACACGGAGGGCAAAAUCAGGAAGUGCACCACUCUUCUCUACACUAUACAGUAAUGUGUUUAGGGCCAGUUGAUUACAUCGAGUUCAGUGAUGGAAAGUACAGGAUGCGGAAACAGAACUUGUGUAGUGAUGAGGCCAGACUGAUGCUCUUUGGGGCUUGCAUGUUUUAACUUGCAUUCGUAAGUAAAAUGCCAAUAUGCCCAUAUGAUUAGAAUAGCUUUUAGUUGGUGCACUGCAGUACAGUGUACUGUCCUCUGUCAUGAGCCAACUUAAGUGCAAGUUAGGUUUCCACUUGGGUUGUAUCACAGGAAAUGUUAAAUUAAGUCACAUUAGUAAGUAUAGAUUGUAUGCAGUGCCAAACAUGAAUUUGUGUCACAGAAGUGGAACUACCAAGGCCAUUGCAACCAUCUUCCUCUUCUCACAGCAUUUGUGACUGACAGUAAUGUUGUUGCCCCUGUUUUUUAGAAGCCUGCCAACAGGAAAUGUAGGAGAACUGACCUAGUCUGAUAUUCAGUUUAUUUUGGUUGUUGUGGAAUGGGAAUCGCUGAAUUCUUUGAAAGGGGAUUUUGUUCUUAGAACUAAACUGCAGUUCUCCUAAAUAAGAUGGACAUAGACUACACUGGUCUUAACUGGCUGUGAAUAAACAAAGAACAAAUGAAUGGUGUCCAUUAAAUGUAUAAUUCAUUUAUAAUGGACUAUUGAAAGGAGCUUCUAUCAAAUAAAGGUAAUUUGAAGUGAGUGGAAAUGUUACUUCCUCUCUCCCUUCUGGAAAAUCCUUUUGAGACUUACUUAGUUUUAUUUUCUAAAUGAUAUUUUACUGCCAUAGACCACUAUUUUCACUGUUAUAGUGAUAGUGUUUCUGAGAAAGUACUGUAUAUGGCCAAUAUAUAUAUAUCGUCUUUCGAGCGGGUGUUUUUCAAUUUAACCAUGACUGCCAAGUUUUCCAAUGUUUUGUUGUUGGAUAAAAGACUAUUGAUUAACAUGGAUUCUGAACCAUUUUUUUUGUGCCAACUGUGAUGAUGUACAGAGAAGCAACGGUCGACAUUUCAGAUGGCAUUCCUUAUCUUGAUAGGGAAAGUUGAUUUAAUCAUCAUAAAGGUGUUGGAAGUUUAUCUGAAUCUGUACUGUUUAUGUUUAGAUAAUAUUCUGACUGCCCUAAGUAGUCACACCAUAGAUAUUAGUUGGCACCCCCUCUCCAUGUUAGGAUCCUGCCACCAUAGAUGUCGCCUACACUUACUGAAACUAAAAACCCACAUUGAGGGUUGCCCUGGUGUAAGUCUUGGUACCCCCAUGGACUUCUGUUUAAACUUAGAUAGUUGAGGACAACUUCCAGUAACUUGUUCAUGCUGUUGCUAGAAGAAAGCUCUUAUCAGACUCAACAUGAAGAUGAUCCUGAGUCUCUCAGUAAGUUUUUAUUUUUAUACUGAACAAAAAUAAUGCAACAAGCAUUUUUACUGAGUUUGUUUAUAAGGAAAUCAGUUAGGCACUAAUCUAUGGAUUUCACAAGGGUACAGCCAUGGGUGAGCCUGGGCGCCCGACCCAGCCAAUCCGAAUGAGUUUCUCCACAAAAAGGGCUUUAUUACAGACAGAAAUACUCCUAAGCAUCUUAGACUAAUAAACACGAUGAGGCACCCUAGGGGUCUGUAUCGUCACCAAUAAUGUUCACUUGACAUGGUGACAGAUUAUGCUAAACUCAAAGCUACAUACAUAGGAUGCUUCAUUGUUUGAAAAUGUGUUGUAUUGAUUAUGCGUUUAUUUUUUGUUGCAGUUUAUUGAUUAUGAUAAAGCGGUUUGUCGCAUUGAACUAACUAAAGCUGCCGACCCAGUAUCCUUCAGUCAUCUGCCAUGUCUGUUAGACAGACCUUUUGGUUUUUGUAUGCUAACCUCUUAAUAAAAUGUUUAAAGUUUAUUUUCACCAAAGAUAUGCAAUUUGCAAUUAUAGUAUUACAAAAUAAAUAAAAUCUUGUUUUAUUUUUGG